CUUUUGGAGGGCUCUUAGCAACAGCCCUGAUUUGACCCCCGUCAACCCCGAGAAAAUCAAAUCAGCGUGCCAUUCUUCCAGGCGCGAUGCAGCAUCCGCAGCUGUAGGUCAAGGCAGCGUUCCUCUGGGCCUGUUAAUUACCUGCUCUUGGCGCUCUCUCCAUCGCUGCCUUUGCAAAGCGCUACCGAGAAGUGGAGGAAACGACCACUACCCCUCCCCCUCACUGCCUGGGGGUUCAGGCUCGAUUGUGAAACCCCAUUGGCUUCAUUGGCUCCUUCAUUUAAACCACGCCCGGCUUUCUGCCCGUUUCGCUGCUGCUGGGCCCCGGCCGCCCAGCCGCAUCCCAGACCUGUUCGCAGGGAGCCCGGGCGCUGUUGCGGCUGCUAUUGUGUGGAUGCCGCGCGUGUCCUCUCUUCUCUUCCAGAGAUGGCUAACAGGGGCCCCAGCUAUGGCUUAAGCCGAGAGGUACAGGAGAAAAUCGAGCAGAAGUACGACGCGGACCUGGAGAACAAGCUGGUGGACUGGAUCAUCCUGCAGUGCGCCGAGGACAUAGAGCACCCGCCCCCCGGCAGGACCCAUUUUCAGAAAUGGUUAAUGGACGGGACGGUCCUGUGCAAGCUGAUAAACAGUUUAUAUCCACCAGGACAAGAGCCCAUCCCUAAGAUCUCAGAGUCAAAGAUGGCUUUUAAGCAGAUGGAGCAAAUCUCCCAGUUCCUAAAAGCUGCGGAGAUCUAUGGCGUCAGGACCACUGACAUUUUUCAGACGGUGGAUCUAUGGGAAGGGAAGGACAUGGCAGCUGUGCAGAGGACCCUGAUGGCUCUAGGCAGUGUUGCAGUCACCAAGGAUGAUGGCUGCUACCGGGGAGAGCCAUCCUGGUUCCACAGGAAAGCUCAGCAGAAUCGAAGAGGAUUUUCAGAGGAGCAGCUUCGCCAGGGGCAGAACGUAAUUGGCCUGCAGAUGGGUAGCAACAAGGGAGCCUCCCAGGCAGGCAUGACUGGGUAUGGGAUGCCCAGGCAGAUCAUGUAAGGUGCCGCAUCCUGCCCCCCGUAGAGAGGACCAAUGUUCCACCCCACAGUCUCUAUGAAAAAAAAAUAGGUAGUCAGUCACCUUCUGACCUUCUCCUCUUUCUCAAAGCCUCCUCUCCCUGGUUUCUGCAAGUGCUGCAUUUCUGCCAAGAAUCCACGUUGCCUACUGCUACCACCUUCUGUUCUUAUUAGAACUAUGCAAGGACUUCGCUUCCUUCCUCCUACUGAGCUCUUUCUGUGCCCUGAAGUCCCUAUUUGAUUAUUUAUUUAUUUAUUUGCCAAAAAUCUCCCUGGUCAACUUAUAGAACACACCUAAUAAACAAAUUAGUCUUGUGUCUUAA